GGCGCCAGUGGGGCUCCGGGCUCCAGGUCGUGGCUGAGCGGCCAAAGGUUCCAUGUAGCCUUGGCGGCCGGCGGGAGGGGCUAAUGUGGCGGGGCCUUGCUUUAUCAGGGCCCAUCGUCUCUGUCCGGGAGAAUGAGGAUCGGGCCGUCUCCCGGGCGACAGUCGCCUCCUCCUCUCUCUUCUUUCUGGCUCUUUUUGGGCCGGCGUCAGCAUGAGGGCUUGUUGUUCAGAGCGGUGGUCGCCCUAGCUCUUGGGGGCGGACCGGGGCGUUGGGGAGAGUCUUUCGAAAUAUGCUUUUUGUCUCACACAUGUGGCCAUGUUGCGACCCUUGAUCACGGAGAGAGCUUAGUCGCCCGGACUUGUUUUUUCUUGGUUUCUGUCCUUCAAGGGCUGACCUCCUGCCCCUGGUGGGCACGAAUGAGAAGUUGUUUCCUUUUUCCUGCCGCCUCCGCCCCCAACCCAACGACCCUGCGCCCUCCUCUCUCCUUCCAGUUCCCCUUCUUUUGCUUAACUCAGUCUUUCCUUUCCCUGAGCGCUUUUCUCACCUGGGGGUCCUGUUAGACUGUGCAUCCGAGACUGGAGGUUUAGGAGUCCCAGGAUUCAUCUGUCACUUUUCUGAUCGCAGUCUUGGAGGCAGGAAAAGAUUCUGCACAGUAGAUGUGGCCUCAUGGAUGAGCUGGUACAUGACUUAGCCUCAGCCUUGGAGCAGACAUCUGAACAGAAUAAGCUUGGUGAGCUGUGGGAGGAGAUGGCCUUGAGCCCCCGGCAGCAGAGGCGGCAACUUCGCAAACGGAGAGGCCGGAAACGUCGCUCAGACUUCACUCACCUGGCAGAACAUACCUGCUGCUAUAGUGAGGCCUCUGAGUCCAGUCUGGAUGAGGCCAUUAAGGACUGUCGAGAAAUGGCCCCAGUCACCAAUUUUAGUGACUCUGAUGACACAAUGAUAGCCAAACGGCACCCAUCUCUUAAUGCCAUUGUUAAGAGUAAGCAACAUUCUUGGCAUGAAUCUGACUCCUUUACUGAAAAUGCACCUUGUCGACCACUCAGGCGCCGGCGGAAAGUGAAGCGAGUGACAUCAGAGGUGGCUGCCAGCCUUCAGCAGAAGCUCAAGGUGUCAGAUUGGAGCUAUGAGAGAGGGUGUAGGUUCAAGUCUGCUAAAAAGCAGCGUCUGUCACGCUGGAAGGAGAAUACUCCCUGGACCUCAUCAGGCCAUGGAUUGUGUGAAUCAGCAGAAAAUAGGACUUUCCUAAGCAAAACAGGAAGGAAAGAAAGAAUGGAGUGUGAAGCAGAUGAACAAAAACAGGGCUCUGAUGAGAACAUGUCAGAAUGCGAAACCAGCAGUGUGUGUAGCAGCAGUGACACAGGACUCUUUACAAACGAUGAAGGACGACAAGGGGAUGACGAGCAGAGUGAUUGGUUCUAUGAAGGAGAAUGUGUUCCAGGAUUCACUGUCCCUAAUCUUUUGCCCAAGUGGGCUCCUGAUCAUUGCUCUGAAGUUGAAAGAAUGGAUUCUGGAUUGGAUAAACUUUCAGAUUCCACAUUCCUUUUACCUUCUCGGCCAGCUCAAAGAGGCUACCAUGCUCGCUUGAAUCGUCUGCCUGGAGCUGCAGCGCGAUGCCUCAGAAAGGGGCGGAGGCGGCUUGUUGGAAAGGAGACCAACAUAAGUACUUUGGGUACUGAGAGGAUAGGCCACAUCAUUAGUGACUCUCGGCAGAAAGAUUGUAGGAAAAUCAUUCCAGCCUUUCUUAUGACAGCCUCGUCCCCUAACACGAUUGGCUCGUGUUGUUGCCUGUACAUGACAAGAAAGAAUAAAGCGUUGGCUUCUGAUUUUCCACACAUUUCUGCUUGUGCACAUGAGUUUAAUCCCCUUUCUCCUCUUUACUCCCUUGAUGUUCUUGCUGAUGCUUCUCACCGAAGAUGUUCACCAGCACACUGCUCGGCCAGACAGGCAAACAUACAUUUAGGACCUCCAUGUUCACGUGACAUCAAGAGGAAACGGAAGCCAGUGGCCACAGCAUCUCUGUCUAGCCCAAAUUCAGUUCACUUGGAUGCAAUGGAGCCAACUACACCAGCAUCACAAGCCCAGGAAUCUCCAAACUCUGAGUGGUUGGUCAGGACCUCUGCCACAGAGAAAGCCACUGAUUCAACUGCGGCUACGUUUUUUAAAAUGCCACAAGAAAAGAACCCUGGGUGCAACUAGAGAGCAGUAUUUUACCUACCAGAAGCCACCUGGGUGUCUUGAAACACAUAUUAGGCUUGUAUUAUAUAGUCUUGCAUAUCUUAGUUGACAUUCUCAGUCUGCUCAUCACCAGGACUGGAUCCUUUCUCUUUAACAAAACAGUGGACUCUCUCUUAGCAAAUCAUGAUGUGGAAAUCUGUUGUGUUGUUGUUUGUUUGUUUUUUUCCUUUUUUUUAACAUUAGAAAAGUAUUGGGGCAGCAAUUUUUUUUUUUAAGUCAUCUUAUGCUAUAUUUGUUACAUUGCUAUUGCUGCCUCAACAGCUACCUACAGCUUUGUUUAUAGAGCUGUUGCUUUUUUGCAGGUAUGUCUCUUUUUUUUGAAAAACUGGUAUCUUUUUACAUACUCUGUGUAGAGCUUUAAUUUCAUUUGGGGAAAUCCCAAAUUUGCAGCCAGUUCCAGACACAUUUAAACACUGAAUUAAGACCUGUGUGUGGAAUAGUAUUUGCAGGAGGUAAGGCUUGCUUGCCUUUGAGCCUGGCCUUGAUUACUCAGAGUUCUUGAUUCGCUCAGAGUGCCAAUAAGGUCUCAAUUAGGAGCCUCAGAAGACAGACCAACAGGACGGGACUUGGGAACAUCUUUGUCUUCUAAAUGACCUAAUGGGAUCGCCUGCAGCUUCAUUGUACUUUGCCUCAUCUACAAAAUUCGUGUUCUACACACACACACACACAUUGGUGUAAUGAAGAUGUUUUAGCUGUACAGCAAACUUAAAAUAGUCGAUUGUGUCUUAAUACUUUAUGUUGCAGUGUAAGCCUUUAUGUACUAAAUGGGAUUUUUAUUGUUAGUUUAUAGGUCAAUAACCUGCAGCAGAAAUUCAUACUCUAUUAUAAUAAUGGCUUCUUGGGGCCAUACUUUGGGGAGAAAAAAUGUCUUUUGACAUGCCUUUAUACUUGGUGUGUUUAUGACAGCUCAGCUGCAUGUAGAGUUAUAUAUAUAGCCAUGCCUGAAGUUGGAUGCUAGUUUGUCAAAAUGAGGAAUAAGUGACUGCCUAGAGCUGCUGGAGAAAAGCCACCCUUUCUAAAAAGAUAUUAUCAAAAACGUCUGUCAUUCAGGGGCCUGGUUGAUAGAGGGCUCCUUUUUUUGGUACAAAUUGAGUACAUUUACUCUGAAAUAUAUAGAAACUGUUCUCCAAGUACCCCCUGCUCUGGUAACAUGGAGGAAGUCCCACUCUUACACCUGGGUAGUUUCCGUGUUUAAAUAGGUGCUGAGUGGGACAGAGCCUUCUUUCCCUGAAGUGCAGAUGUCCCUUUUUCUCACGCUGAAUGUAAUGGCGGGCUGCUCUAUCAUGUUUCCUUUAAAAAUUAUAGUCCUCAACUGUGGUAGCUCCAGAAUUUCUUUGUGGGUGGGUGUGAUCUAGUUGGAGAGGGGGACUUAAGCUAAGUUUACAUAGCACUUUAUGUAAGAUCGAGAACAUGUCAUUUGUCCAUAACAAGGAUAGGAUGGGGCGGGGUGGGGGUGGGGAGUUGGCAGAUGGAGAUGAUGAGGUGAGUAGUGCUAAAGUCAACUCAGCAUCCUUGGCAACUGCCCUGGUCUCAUGUAGUAGUGAAUGUACUUCCCUUCCCUACAGGCUGCCCCCAUAGCAGUGUAGAAGAUACAAUGUCUGUUGAAUACAAAAUGGCAUUACUGAAGUGUUUAGUGAUGAGGGUAGAUUUUAUUGUCAUAUGUGCAUUCUUACCUAGUCCCGAUAGUGUCUUGAUGCACACAUUCUAACAUAAUUUGUUAGAUUUAAGGGAGAAAUCCAUGGACAUAAUUUUAUUUUCUUUGCACUAAGCUCUGUGGUCCAUGCAGAGAGUUGAUCCUAUGAUCAUGGCCUAUUAAGACCUCUAAAAUUCAGGCAGAAUCUUCAUGGCAUGUUGCCUGACAGUUCUCCUUUUUGCCUGUGAUAAAAAUAAUGUAUACAUACAACUUUACGUUUUAAACAUCUCUAUGUUAUAAAAGUAGGCGACUGCUGUCAUUUUACAGAGAUGAGCAGCCAUAGUUUAGUGACUUGCCCAAAGUCAUAUAAUCAAGCCAGGAUUAAAAUCCCAGAUGUUCAUACUCUGCCCUGGAUUGUAAUCUUGUUUUUUCAUUGGUAGACCUGUGUGACUCUGAAACAGUAUGCUAUGAAUGUUUAUCGUCUUUCUUGGGCAUGCUUUUCUACAUGUUUUGAAUACUUUCAAUAGAGAUCACCCAAAAAUGCCAUAUCUAUCUAUAAUAAGUGGGGAAGAAAAUUAAUUCCCUUAGAAAGUAGCAGUUAAGCACCCAAGUACUUUACAACACAGGUUUGUAAAUUAGGUUCCUCAUUUUAAGCUACCAUAUGAGCACGCUUACGGAAGCAUUAGCAGACUUAUUCUGCUUGUUUUCUGUAUAAAUCAAUUCCAGAGGAAUAACCUUAGAAUCAAGUGUAUUUUAAAUUUUAAGUUUUAAAUCUUUUUAUAUGGUAAAAUGUAUAAUGUAAAUUAAGAAAAAUCUGUUACCUUUUAACAAAAGCUACAAUUUCAAAAUCAGGUUUGUAAUCUGUUGAAAAAAAAAAUGAUAGCAUGACUUCCUUUGAGGAUAAUCCUUAAGCUCACAUGUAUUCGAUCUGCUCAAAAGUAAUAACUGAAACUGAGUUGCACCAUUCUUAUUUCAGGGUUCUGAUUUAUCCCAGCUGCCUACGCAAUCUUCCUGUCUGAACCCUAUUCUUGUAUAUUUUCCACCGAAGGCAAAAGUCGAGACAUUACUACUAUUAUUCAUAAAAAAUUAGUUUUGCUUAUAAGUUUAAGGGAAUUUGAGAUUGUUUUUCAGAUGCAGUGUUUUAAAGGAACAACUUCGUUUGCAUCAAAACUCUUGUGUUGUUUUUUGGUAAGAACUGUUCAGAAGAGGAAAUUAGUAGCUGUUUAUAUGGUGCCAAAUUUGGGAGAAACAGAAUAUGAUCUUUAUUGAGUGGUAUGUGCUUUUAACCUUGAAUUCUUUAGAAAUCAAAUGUAAUUGAAAAUUUCAGAUGACAUUAUUUUGCUAGGCUAUGAAACAGGCUGCAAAUGAGGCCAUUUGGGCAGCAAAAUUACCAAAAGCUGAAAUAGAUCUAAUCUGUGAUACUUAAUGGCAUUCUUUGCUAAGUAUUAAAACUCCAUACCUAGAACAGGUAGUUAAACUAUUUAUGAAUGCCAAGUAGAUUAAUCUGAUAUAUCUUUGUAUUUUGGAAUAGAAAUGCAAUCUAGACCACAGCAUUGGAAGUUCUGAUGCUGCAAAGUAAAGGAGGAGAGUUAUCCCGGAAGUCACUUAGAAUUGAACAAGUUACAGUGGUACGAGAAAGGAGCUAGGCUGGCACUGUCAUUGCUGAUGUGAUGCGUUCUCCACUUUGGCUCUAGGCGAAGGCUCCUGAUGAUGCAUGAUUUAUUUCAGGUCUUUGCUUUAUGUUUGCUUCAUUACUGCACUCUAAGCCAUAUGCUUUUGGUUUCCUGGGAAGAAGGCUAUGUAAAAAUCUGAGCAUUAGAAGCCAUAUUCAGUGUUCUGUAUAUCUGGUGAACCUUAUCUGAACUGGAAUGAGAACAGAGUGGCUUGCUUAUGCAGCUGUGGAUGCAGUCUCGUUAGGGGCGUAGCUUACAGGAUGUCAUCGUUCAUGGGAUGGCAAGAGGGAUGAUAGAAGCAGCUGUGUGCCUACUGUCAGCUCCUUCCUUUGUUAAUGCUUGAGCUGUCCGUUUUACUUGUCAGUAUUUUUCCUUAUCUCCCACUCCAGUCAUGACAGUGGAGUUACUGAUGGUGGCAGCAAUUAGGAAGGGUUUCUACCCCAUCAGAAAAUGUACAGAGGGGAAAGGUAAGGAAAUUGGUAGGUUCCGCUGUUACCACUAAACAUAGAGUAGCCCAGAGAUGCUUUUGCCUACGUUAAGAUCCUGGAACAGAUGAAUGUCAAAUACCUGGAAAUAGCAGCAUCAAAAGAAAUAAGGAAAAUGAGUGAUAUUGCUGAAGAGUGUGGAUUUUAAGGUUUUUAACAAGCCCAGCAAAACAAACUUAUGGCCAAAAGGACUUUUUCUGCCACUACACAGACAAAAAUACUUGAUAAGGUUGCCAAAUUUGGGGGAAUAAAAAAAUUUCAAGCACAAUAUUGAAGAAUGGGGCAGAUCCUGAAGAUUUUCACCAAGGAAAGCAAUCUUGGCAAGGUCCAGAAGUGAGAAGGCAAAGGGAAGAGAAGGGGGGAGAUGCCAACCGUGAGCGCUCUAGAGUCUCUGGACUAAUAGCAUCAGCACAUUCUUGUCCCUACCAGACCUACUGAAUCAGAAGCUCUGAGGGUGUGGUCUGGCAGUCUCAGCAUGCAACUGGGGACUCUGGUAUGCACUGAUGUUUGGGAACCACAGGCUUUGCCACAAUUAAAAAGAACUGUUUUAAUGUACUGGUAUCGCCCUGACUCUGAGGUCCUCUUCUAUUUCCCUUGUUAAGUAUAGAGAUGUUUUCUGUGUGAUUCUUUGCAGGAACUGUUAAUGUCUUUAUUUCCCAUACUUUUUCCCCUUGGAAGAUCACCUGGAAAUACUGAGAAAGGAUAAUGUGGAGAAAAUGCCAUCAAGGUCAUACUUAGAUGGAUGGAAACAACCUUUUAAAAGUGGGUUAAAAUAUAACCAUGAAUUUUUAGUCUGCGAAUGAUAGUCAUUUUUCACAAUUGACAGUAAAAUAUUUGUGUAAGAUAUUGCCAUCCAUGAUUUUAUAUUUGUUCAUUAUAUCUUAGUUUCAUGGGAAAUUUUCAUGUAUUUUCUAGCAUUAUAAUGGUAAAGCCUUUUAAAGUAUGGCUCACAAAAAUGAAAAAAUUAAGUGGAAGAAAAACCACUGUGCAUACGUUGUGUUUAUAAUAAAUACCUGUUGUGUUAUUGGUGAUA